GGUUUUUUUAGCCCCAUCUGCCAGAAAGUUUUACUGACGCCAGGGACUGGGAACCAAUUUUAAACGCAAUCAUAAGAGAGAAAAGAUUCAGGAAAAAGUAGAAGCGUAAUCAGUAAACUAGACAUGAUGGUCAAAGGACCGAACGCACGGCAGAGCCGUGCUAGCUCCUCUGCUGGGGAUGGAGAAGUGACCACUACCGUGGUUCUUCGAGAGAUGUUGAACCGAAUAGAGGUCAUGAAGACCGAGGUGGACAUUAUGAAUGUCUGUCUAGACCUUCCAAGAGCCAAGGUACCUCCAGAGAACAUACCCUGCUUUGAUGGAACCAAGGUUAGGGAGUUCCUGGAAGACUGUAAUGUCUUCGGUAUGAGUCAUGGCUGGUCGGAUAAACAAAAGUUGAAAGCUCUGCUAGCCUAUGUUGAACCUAAGAUGAGAGUGUCGGUAACGAAGAUGACACAAGGACUGACAACUUGGGCGGAAGUUAGACAAAAAAUGUUAGAGGAGUAUGCGAAGUAUGAUGUUCCAACAACUAUGCAAAAUUUGUUGGAUGUGCGAUGCUCCAAGUACGUUACCCUCGAUCAAUUCCUAGAGGAUUUUGAGAGGGUUGCGCGGAGAGUACCCUUCCUAGACGAGGCACAAAAAUGGCAUGUCCUACUGACUAACUUCGCGGAGGACGAAAGAAAGAGUGUGGUCAUGGAGGACAUAUGCCCAGAGGUCACGUUCCCGUACAUCGAUGACAAUCCGGUAAAAGGACCGAAAGAAAAGGACGAGACCUUAGUGAAUGGUCGAGUUAGGCGGUUCGUAUGGGAUCAUGCGCAGGGAGUAGCGAAAUUACUAGAAAGGCUAGUUAAGUACAACCUAACGGUCAGUGGAUCAAAAUCGUUACUGUUCCAAAGAGAGGUAACGAUCUUGGGUUUCAGGUGCUUCUUGGAAGGAAGAAGUCCCAAUCCGAAGAAAGUGGAUAAACUCAUGAACUGGCCUAUGCUUCUAAAAACGGUUGGGGAAGUAAGGAGCUUCCUAGGGGUCUACAGCUUUUGGCGGAUCUUCAUCCCCGGGUUUGCCAAGAUAGCCGAACCCCUUAGAGAAAUGGUGCGACAAGGAGCUAGCUUAGGGUGGUCUGACCAAAGAGAGAAGGUUGCGCGGACACUUCAAGAUAAGUUAAGAGAUGGCGGGGUCGUAUUGGGAGUACCCUACUUCGACGAUGAAAGGGAGAGGUCUUUCAUCAUUGAAGUCGACGGCGGCCCGAUAGCAUUAGGAGGGGUGCUUGUGCAGCGAGAUGAGAAUGGUAAAGAAAGACCACUUAGGUUUGAGAGUCGCACUCUUAAUUCGGUUGAGAGAGGCUAUAUUAAGUUUAGGAAGGAGCUUCUAGCAAUCCUGCACUGUCUCAGAGUGUUCAGACACUACAUUAUGGGACGAAGAUUCAUCCUAAGAACGGAUUCCACGGCAGUAAUUGGGGCUGUUAAGAGACAUCAGCAAGUAGAUGUUAUGGUCACGGAGGAGCCCACCAGAGCGAGCGGGGGCACUCUUGGAAGGCCGAAAGUUGACAUUAUAGUCGUUGUGACAGGUGGCAUGUUCGAUGAUAUCGCAAUAGCCAGCGUUCCACCUGUCGUUGCUGUAGGAUUUGUUGUUGUUGAUGAAGUUGUUGUAGGAAUUGCCAUGUCAAGUGAGGUCGCCACAAAUUCAACGGCCGUUGUCGUCAGCGCAGAUUUUCCCGAUAAAGAAAUGAGAGGAUUGAGAUCCAAUCGUGCCUCAGUUGCCAACCUCUCUUUCAGUGCUUCACGACAAUUCAUUCCCUGAUCGAAAAUCGUAUUGCACUCCAUUAUCAAGACCUCUGCCUUCCUCCAGUCAAUGACAUCCUCCAAUAGCGGAUCCUCCUCGAUCUGCCAGAGGAGAGAUAAAAGUUGCUGGCACGU